AGUCCUUAUAACUGACGUCCAAUCAAUUCUGUAAUAAACAUCAUGCGUAAAAGUUUUGAUAUAGUUGUACGAAGUGAUAAAUAUACAUUGACAGUCAAAUUGUUGUACAGUGUUUCAAUUAUUCUAUUGAUCGUAUGGGUGAUGAACAUUGUACCAAGUCUCUUUCAAUGGAGAAUCAAUCAAGUCGAUCAUGAUGUAAUACCUAAAACAAUAGAAUUUUCGUGCAAUAAUAUAUCUGUUCCAAACGGGUCAGAAUCAGAUCUUGCUAGUGUAUUACACAAAAUAUAUUCCCCUAUCAGUAAAACAUCCGUUCAAAAAUACCCACUGAGAUAUAGUCUGGAAGAAAAUAGACUUGAGAAAUUAUAUGAUUCAUUGGGUGUGAAUAAGACCGUGAAGACGUUUCUCAACUAUGGGCAUCGUACAAUUUUUAGACCAAUGAACUUUUCAAAAUGUCAUGCUUCGAAAUGUGCAGUUAUCACUGACAUGAACAGAUGGCGAGAAGCUGAUGCACUUAUACUGACAGAAGAUAAAGUGCCGAAUGGAAUUCGACCUCCAGAGCAAUUAUGGUUUAGUUUAAUAGAAGAGUCGCCUGUACAUAUUGCUAUGGCAGGUACACUGGAAAAUGAAGUGAGUAAUUCUGACCAUAGUAAUAUUACUAAUCUUUAUCAUUUCAUUACGGUUGUAUGUAGCUGACGAGGACUACAAAGUGUGAAUAGAUUCGUGUUACUCAACGAAUAAUGUCACCAUUCUUCAUUUUGAUCCACGAAAUGGACUAAUUGUGUGAAGUUUAUGAAUUCCCAUGAAACACAUACCUAUGCGUCACACAACAGUAGAAGUUGUCCAGCGAAAACGUUUAAACCUGGUUUGCUUUAGCACACAUGUUACACUGUGAUUGAUUUUAUAAUGGGAUGUUUUGAAGAAGAUAAAUAAAUAAAUUCGUGUGCAAUUUUAGCUUCGAAUUCGUGGUCAAUGUUCGAAUUCAGAUUAAUUACACUAUCUCCUUCCGUCUGGAUUCAACGAUUUACUCACCAUACGGUUCCUAUGAGCCAUACAUGAAGCACCAUGGACCAGAAACACGAUAUCCUUUACCUUCUAGAAACUUCGCUACUGGGAAAUCAAAGAAAGUUGCAUGGUUUGUGAGUAACUGUAUACCGAAAAGUCCAAGAAUGCAAUACGCCAAAGAACUUUCACGACAUAUCCCGAAACGAUCUACUUCCAAUUGUGAUGGGUGCAUCGAUAGAGGAAUAUGAAAGAGUCGCUCCUCCAUACUCGUUCAUUCACGUUGAUCAAUUCGAAUCACCAGCUAAACUGGCAGACUAUUUGAAGUAUUUGGACAAGAACGAUACUGCAUAUAAUGAAUAUUUUGCAUGGCAUGGUCAUGGAGUCAUACAUGAUUACGAUGCCCAACCUCAAUGUGCAAUGUGUCUGCUAGCUCAUACAUCUCAUUCAUUUGGUCCCUAUUGGGUUCCGCGUGUGGCACGAUGGUGGAAUGAUGGAUGUAAUGGUCGGAAAUUGCGUUGGAAUCCAUGAAACAUGAAUAUUGAGAACAGAAACAUUGUUUUAUUGUGGAUUGUAUUAAAUUGUAAUGUACAUAGUGCUUUCUGUGGUAUAGAUCAAAUUACAUUUGAAAAUGAAUAACAUUUUACACAUAAUAACAAUACUGAUAUUUUUCAUGAAAACAGUUGUCACGUUAACUCAGACAAUUUCAUAUGGAAUAAUUAUCGAGCAACAUAAUGCUGUACACUAUUCACAAAUAAUUGUAAUAUGAUGAUGAGAAAGGUAUAAAUGUUCAUAAUAGAGAAG